UCAGACAAUGGUGUCCACGGCGCCUCGGACCCUCCUCCUGCUGCUCGCCGGGACCCUGGCCCUGACCGAGACCCGGGCGGGCUCGCACUCCCUGAGAUUCCUCUACACCGCCGUGUCCCGGCCCGGCCUGAGGGAGCCGCGCUUCCUCGCCGUGGGCUACGUGGACGACACGCAGUUGGGGCGCUUCGACAGCGACGCCGAGAACCCGAGGGCCGAGCCGCGGGCGGCAUGGAUGCGGGAGGUGGAGCCGGGGUACUGGGACCGGAACACGCAGAUAUUGAAGGGCGAAAUGCUGCAUUACCUCAAUGUCCUGAGCAACCUGCGCAGCCACUCUAACCAGAGCGCGGCCGGGUCUCACACGCUCCAGUCUCUGUUCGGCUGCGAAGUGGGGCCAGACGGGCGCUUCCUCCGGGGAUAUAGUCACUUAGCCUACGACGGCGCUGACUACCUCGUCCUGAAUGAGCACCUGCACUCCUGGACCGUGGUGGACACCAGGCCUAACAUCUGGAAGCCCGAGUGGGAUGGGGAGCAGUGCACGUCCUUCCUAGAGGGCGAGUGCGUGGAGUGGCUCCAAGGGUUCCUGGAGAUGGGGAAGGAGACUCUGCAGCGCGCAGAUCCUCCCAAGACAUAUGUGGUCCAUCACCCCAUUACUGACCGGGAGGCCACCCUGAGGUGCUGGGCCCUGGGCUUCUACCCCGCGGAGAUCUCACUGACCUGGCAGCGGGAUGGGGAGGACCAGACCCAGGACACGGAGCUCGUGGAGACCAGGCCUGGGGGCGACGGAACCUUCCAGAAGUGGGCGGCUGUGGUGGUGCCUUCUGGGGAGGAGCAGAGAUACACGUGCCGUGUGCAGCACGAGGGGCUGCCUGAGCCCCUCACCCUGAGAUGGGAGCCUCCUGCUCAGCCCACCACGCUCAUAGUGGGAAUAGUUGCUGGCCUGGUCCUCGGGGCUGUGGUGAUGGGAGUUGUGUUCGCUGUUGUGAUGAAGAGGAGGAAGAGCUCAGGUAAAAAUGGAAGGAGGUAUGCUGAGUCUACAGGCAGCGACAGUGCCCAGGAUUCUGCUGUGUCUCUCUCGGCUUCUACAGCCACAGCAUGAGACAUGCCUUGUGUGGCACUGCGUGAUGAAGAUUAGUUCAAGACCCAUCCUCCCAGAGCAUCCACUUUAAGAGCUCCUGACAUUCUCCUCCUCAGCUUGCAUCUGAAUGUGUCGGUGUGACAGUGCUCCUGUUGGCAUGAAGUAGGAUGCUGGGAGGCUGGCCUUGCAUGCCCACCAAGGCCCCCCACACUGACCUGUAUUUUCCCAACCAACUUCCUGUUCCAGCAGACAUGGAGCUGGGAUGUCUCCAUCCAUUUUAACUAUGAACUGUAGCAUUGGAAUCCAACUUCUUAUUUCCCUAUUGAGAGUAAGAAUCUGUAUAUAAAUAUCUUUUUAAAAUUCUUGCCCUGAGAUGUUGAUGGAUUAAUUAAAGAAUAAGAACAGUCUUCCUAUUUGAGAGGUGAAACAAAUGGAAGAAGACCUGAGCAAUUCUGGGAAUCCAUGUGUUUGCUAUGCUGAGUCUGUUACAGGCUGGGACAGAAACUGACUCUUGAUGAGGGGUCCAGUGUUGGGCAGCUGGGCCCAGUCAUGCUCACUCCAUCGUUAGCUUUGACAUAAUUGCUUUGUAGCUGGCUCCUGGUUUCAGCCUGUUCCAGCCUUCACUGUUGCUGCCAAUUGAGUAGUGAAGCAGUGAAUGGAAAAAUGUCUCUCUCCUCAUCUUUCUAAUAAAUAUUU